ACCAGAGUUUAUUUAAUGACUCCAUUUACUUGAGAAAAUCGAGUCUGGUGAAAUUGGCGACUAAAAUUAUUUGAGGCAUGGCAAAAACAACAUCAACUCAUACCUUAUCCACGUACUCCACGCCCCACUUUAGCACUAACCAAAAUGGCGGCGCCCAUGUUGUUCGGCAUGCAGACUUUACAGAUUGAUAUUUCAUCACGUCGUUUUGUAUCUGUCAUGUAACUGUCGUCCUUAUUUGAUGAAGCCCCUGUCUAUUCCUGCGUUUUGUAGGAAAACAAGAUGAUGUCUUCAAAGACACUGACAUGGAGUACUUUGAAAUAUUUGAGAUUAAAGAUCAACUAUAGUAACUCUUGUCGCAGCAUCUUCAGUAAAACCGGACAAUGGGAAAAAGCAUUCAAUCUAGAUGUCCGUCAAGCUGUGGAGUCACACUGGCAUCCAAUACUGAACCAACAAAAUUCAUCAAAACAUUUGAAACAAGAUCAUAUAAAGACUGAUCGACCAAAGCAGUAUGUCCUGUCUAUGUUCCCGUACCCAAGUGGUAAGCUGCACAUGGGUCAUGUCCGAGUGUACACCAUCAGCGACGUCAUGGCCAGAUACCACAGGCUCACAGGCAAGGAGGUGAUCCACCCUAUGGGGUGGGAUGCGUUUGGCCUGCCUGCUGAAAAUGCUGCCAUAGAAAGAGGGGAAAGGCCGGAUGUGUGGACCUAUGGCAAUAUUGAAAGCACCAAGAAACAGCUGGAUGAACUGGGAUGCAGUUUCGACUGGGAGCGGGAGUUGGCAACUUGCCAUCCCCAGUAUUACCGCUGGACACAGUACUUGUUCCUGAAGAUGUUUGAAGCUGGACUGGUUUAUCAGAAAGAUGCUGAAGUUAACUGGGACCCCGUGGACCAGACUGUGCUGGCAGAUGAGCAGAUCAGUGAUGCAGGGAUUUCAUGGCGAUCUGGAGCGAAGGUGGAGAAGCGAUACCUCCGACAGUGGUACAUCCGCACGACGGCAUAUGCUCAGAGUCUAUGGGACGGCCUGGAGGAAGUCAACAAGGUCCUGUGGAAGGAUGUGGUCCAGCUCCAGAGACACUGGAUCGGAGAGUGCAAUGGCUGUCGCUUUGACUUCAAACUCAAGCUUGAAGGGGAGGAGCUCCCCGAGCCCCUGUCUGUGUUCACAGACAGCCCCGAGCUGGUGUACGGAGCAUCCCACAUCUGUCUCUCCCCAGAACACAGGUUCAACAGCCCACAGUACUGCCAGGAACAUGGAAACCCAAAGGAUGAGAGUGUUACCAUAGUUACAAGACUUCGCGCAGUCCACCCACUGACUGGCGAGGAGCUUCCCGUUGUUGUCUCAGACGCUGUACAGUACGAUGAGUUCAACGAUACACAUAUAGGUAUUCCCAGUAAGAGUGAGGUGGACCAGCAAGUAGCUGGCAGCCUGGGGUUUGAGUGGACGCCUGUGUCUGAUGAUACACAAGGAACUAUUGUCAACUCACAGGAGUUUUCAGGUCUGACGGCUGGUGAAGCAAGAAAGGCCAUUAUGGAGCAUGCCAAGACGCUUGGUGUUGGUGGCCAUGCUGUCAGCUCACGUUUGAGGGACUGGCUCAUCUCACGACAGAGGUACUGGGGAACCCCCAUACCAAUAAUACACUGUCCCAGCUGUAAGGCAGUACCAGUUCCCAAGUCUGACCUUCCUGUGGAGCUCCCAGUGAUCACUCAGCUGACCGGCAGGGGGGCGUCGCCUCUCGCAAGUGAUGAAGAAUGGGGAAGUGUUAACUGCCCAAAGUGUGGAGGCCCUGCCCGACGUGAAACGGACACAAUGGAUACAUUUGUGGACUCUUCCUGGUACUUUGUGCGUUUCCUUGACUACCACAACACAAAGGAGCCGUUUAGACAAGACUUGGCACAUCACUACAUGCCAGUCGACCUCUACAUUGGAGGCAAGGAACAUGCUGUCCUACAUCUGUACUUUGCUCGAUUCUUCAACCACUUCCUGCACAGCCUUGACCUUGUGCCUCAGCGUGAACCCUUCAUCAACCUGCUGACCCAGGGUAUGGUGAUGGGACAGACCUUCAGGGUCAAGGGCACUGGCCGGUAUAUACAGCCGAAGGACGUAGACUUCUCAGGCAGCAAGCCGGUGGAGAAGGAGACCGGGAACCAGGUGGUGGUCGACUGGGAGAAGAUGAGCAAGUCCAAGCACAAUGGGGUCGACCCUCAGGAAGUGAUGUCUGAGUUCGGGAUUGACUCCACCCGCCUGUGUAUCCUGUCCAACGUUGCCCCACAGUCAAACAGGAAGUGGUCCAACGAAGAGUUCAAGGGAAUCCUCCACUGGCAGGGCAGAAUGUGGGCCCUUGUAGCUGACCUGAUAGAACAGUGCAGGGGAGAUAACUCCAAUAAACCGUCACAAGAGGACAUCGAUAAAGUGAACACGUUUAUGUUUGAGAACAGGAAUUACUUCCUGAAAGAGGUCAGCUUCCAUAUGGGGAAGACCUUUCUUCUGAAUGCUGCAAUAUCUCGUCUUCAGGGCCUGACUAAUGCCCUCAAAAAAACCCAGCCCACCCUGAUGCGACACAGCGUCCAGUUUGAGCGUGGUCUGUGUGACCUGGUGGUGAUGAUGGCACCUCUGGCACCCCACCUGGCGUCCGAGAUGUGGGCGGGGCUAGCGAGUAUACCCAACAAACACUGUCAUCACUACCUCUGGGACAAGGGUGUGUUGGAGCAGGCGUGGCCCGACGUGGACCAGGAUUACCCUCUGCCCCUUGUCAUCAAGAUUAAUGGCCAGGAGUCAAGCCAGGUUUUCGUUGCCAGGCAACAACUGGAGGCCUUGACAUUAGAAGCAGCCCAUGACCUUGUCAAGAUGAGCUCUGUGUAUCAGGAGUACUGUGAAGGUCGUGAGUUGGAGGAUGUCCAGUUUCACAUGGAGCCUGGGUAUGAGGCGGUGAUAGACUUCAGUGUGCCGUCGACAGGCCAGAGGAAGGAGAAACUGACCAAACAGGAAAAGAAACUGAGGAAAAAGGAAAUGCAACUAAAAAAGAAACAAAUGAAGCAACAGAAUAAGCAAAGUGUGAUGUGAUUUGUUGUCAAUAAAUUAUGUACAUA